CCUGUUUUCCCGAGUCGUUGGCGGGGGUGGGGGUUGUCGAGUGACUGCUUCCGGGUUGCCGGGUGACCUUGAGCCUUCAGGAGAGAGAUGGCGAGUCUCUGGAGGCUGAGUGCCCUGUGCGGUGCGCAAGGAGGCCGAGCUCUGUUUCUCCGAAUCCCGGUGGUCAGACCUGCUCAGGUCUCGGCAUUUCUCCAGGACCAGCCUGACCCAGGAUGGUGUAGAACACAGCACAUUCACCUGUCACCCAACCACUAUUCUGGCUCUAAGGCUGCAUCUCUCCACUGGACUGGUGAGAGGGUUGUCAGUGUUUUGCUCCUGGGCCUAAUUCCAGCUGCUUAUUUGAACCCUGGCUCUGCGAUGGACUACUCCCUGGCUGCAGCCCUCACUCUCCACAGUCACUGGGGCCUUGGACAAGUGGUUACUGACUAUGUUCGAGGGGAUGCUUUGCAGAAAGCUGCCAAGGCAGGCGUUUUGGCACUGUCGGCUUUAACCUUUGCUGGGCUUUGUUACUUCAACUAUCAUGACGUGGGCAUCUGCAAAGCUGUUGCCAUGCUGUGGAAGCUCUGACCUUUUUGACUUAAUACCUUGAGAAUUGAUUGUACACCUCUUUGCCUCUGCUCUGUCAUGCCAUUCAGCUCACAAUAAGGAGGAGAUAACAGAUGAGUCCACUGGUGAGACAAACCUCUUCUAAUCACCUGGUUAUUUUUAGAAUUUAGUCUUUGAGGAAGAGGUUCGAGAGGAAUUGUAUUCAAGAAAUUUGGAGACGGGGGGUGCCUGGGUGGCACAGCGGUUAAGCGUCUGCCUUCGGCUCAGGGCGUGAUCCCGGCGUUAUGGGAUCGAGCCCCACAUCAGGCUCCUCCACUAUGAGCCUGCUUCUUCCUCUCCCUCUCCCCCUGCCUGUGUUCCCUCUCUCGCUGGCUGUCUCUAUCUCUGUCGAAUAAAUAAAUAAAAUCUUUAAAAAAAAAAAAAAGAAAUUUGGAGACAGGGUUCCUUGUUCUAGUGAGUUUAUGGGGUUGUCUCCCAGCUCCUGCAAGACUCAUAACUAACCAUUAUGUAUGAGCUUUUGCCUGUUAGCUUAUCAAAUUCUUAAAGGGAAUUCAGCUUUAUUACUAUCAAUACCUGAUCAAAUUUCUGUAUUUGUCCUGGGAAUGAUGGAGAAAGGGAAAGCCUGUUAAUUCAUAAGUAAAGACUUCGCAGAAAAUUAGUGUUUAAUUUUUGAAAAUUUCCCUCUCUGUUCAGUCGAUACCAGUUACUGAUGCUUACAUGUCCUAGAGAAACUUUAAAAUUAGGAAAUACUGAUAUUUUACAUUAUUAAUUUCUAAAUCCUGGGAAGAGGAGCCUGAAGAGUUUCUGAGAAUAGAGAAGUUCCAUGUAGGGAAGAGGUCCCCUUAUAGAUGUAUCAAAGUAUUGUAGAUUCUAAACUGAGACUUAUUCCUCAAAUGUGUUUAUUUUACUUGUCCUAAAAUACAAAACUGUAAGUAAUAAAUUGAUAUUUUCCCACUGUAGGAAUCUCUAAUGUGAUAACGUAUUCUAUGAAAAUAAAGGUUUUUUUUUAAAUAAAAUUCUAUAUAAUAAAAA